AUGGCUCUUGUUAGCUCGCGCAAUCGCCGAGCGGACGUCACGAGCCAAAUUGCGUCGUGUUCAGCAAACAGUGCAAAUUUGGAAUGUUUGCCGACCGCCACUCGUCGCUUAAGGCGCGACUGGUCCGAAAUACCACGUGCAUUCCCACCCGCAAUUUGGAUUCUUGAAAAAGUGUUGGUCAUAGAAAAUAAUGGAGAAGGAUGGACGACAAGAGUGAAUGGUAUGGAGAGACUAGUAGAGGGCGCCCUUGAUGAACAUGUACAACUAAACGGGGCGGCG